GGCCGAGCGGACUUGCACGGCUAGCCCCGGCCAUCCUAAAGUCGCCACUCACUUUGCUAAGGACGCUGCCGCCAGGCUGGCCGCUGGCUUCCUCGGAGCUCUCCAAGGUGGCCCGACAGGACCUCGAGUGACCCGCGAGACGUCUACAUCCGCCCGCGUCCCAGACUCACCCGGCUGGGAUUCGUGUAAAUGGGGAUCACAAUGCACUUGGCAGGUCCCCAGCAAACCUGAAAUCGGAAGUCUCUCGCCGGAGCGAGGGGCUCGGCUGGGACUCGGGAGCAGGAGGCGCAGCCCCUGCGGAUGCCGCCGGACUAGGAUGCCGAUUGCACCACUGGGCAGCCUCCCGAGAGUCGCGGUCGCCUUGUUUUCCCGCACAGCGAGUUCUGGGUCUCUUCGAGGAAAGUCAAGGCGGUAAAGGGCCAAACUCAUUUUAUCGAAAUGGCCACAGAAAGCGACCCUCUGGGAGAGAAAAAUCAAAGACUAAAUGAAAUUCUUAGGCCAUACCAACUGGAUACUUCCAAAUAUUCAACAGUACAGAAAGCUGCUGUCAAAGGAGAGGGAGAUGACAUAUUAGAAAACUCAAUAAUUGACCAAAGCUUUAUAGCCCCUCUCAUUACUGAGUAUGAUAAGCAUCUGGACGAGCUAAAUGGGCAGCUAAAAUAUUACCAGAAGCACAUGGGUGAGAUGAAACUACAGCUUGAAAACGUCAUCAAGGAAAAUGAAAGGCUGCACAGUGAAUUAAAAGAAGCUGUUGAAAACCAGUUGGAGGCCCUUCCCCUUGGCGCCGAGAUGAAAAAUGACAUAUAUAUAGAUGAUGAAACAGUCAAGAAUCUUCAGGAACAGUUACAACUAGUCCAGCAAGAAAAAAAUCAGGCCGUGGAACUCUGGCAGACUGUUUCUCAGGAGCUGAACCGGCUGCAGAAACUUUACCAAGAACACAUGACUGAGACCCAGGUUUAUGUGGCCGAAAGUCAAAAACAAAAGGAUCAGCUGAACAGUUUUCAGCAACUGACAAAGAAGCUUCAUGUUACUAAUGAGAACAUAGAAAUGACUAAUCAACACUUUCUGGAAACAGUAACUGAACAGAAUGUGGAAAUCGAGCGACUCCGAAAACAACUUAGGCAGACGAAGUCAGAUCUGAGAAUUGCAGCUGCAAAAGUGGAAGAGUUAACUAAAAUGACUGAACAUUUUCAAAACCAGAUGAAAAAGAAGGAAGAGGAUAUGGUGUCUGCCCAAAAAAGAGAGGAAGCAUCAGACAGGCGUCUACAGCAGUUGCAAUCCAGCAUAAAAGUAUUAGAAACAAGAUUAUGUGUAGCAAUCCAAGAAGCCAACCAAUUAAGAGCAGAGAAAACACAUUUGGAAAAUCAGACCAGAGACUUACACGCAAAGUAUAACGAAUUAGAAAAUGAGAAGUAUGAAGCUAUUGUAAGAGCCAGAAACAGCAUGCAACUCUUAGAGGAAGCUACCCUGCAGAAAAACCAGGCUCUGCUUGAGGAGAAGCAAAAAGAAGAAGAGGUAGAGAAAAUGAGAGAAACAAUUUCUCAGAUUAUUCAAGAUGCUGCCGCAAGAACCAAGAAGGAAGUUUCAAACACAAGAAAGCAAUAUAAUAUACAGAUUUCUCGACUGACAGAAGAACUUUCAGCCCUUCAGAUGGAGUGUGCCGAAAAACAAGGCCAAACUGAACGAGUCAUUAAGGAGAAAAAAGCAGUGGAAGAAGAACUAGAAAAGAUCUACCGUGAAGGCAAAGGAAGUGAAAGCCUUUACAGAAAACUGGAAGAAAUGCACCAAAGAUGCCUGGUUGCAGAGCGUUCAAAAGAUGAUCUUCAUCUAAGACUUAAGACAGCAGAAAACAAAAUAAAACAACUUGAAAUAAAUUCCUCAGAAGAGAUAUCACGUUGCCAAGAAAUGAUUCAGAAACUUCAAAGUGUCUUGGAAUCUGAGAGAGAAAACUGUGGAUUAGUCAGUGAACAAAGGCUAAAACUUCAGCAAGAAAAUGAACAGUUACAGAAGGAGACUGAGGAUUUAAGAAAGAUUGCUCUCGAGGCCCAAAAAAAGGCCAAAUUAAAGAUCAGUACAAUGGAACACGAAUUUUCAAUAAAGGAACACGGGUUUGAAGUUCAGCUGAGAGAGAUGGAAGACAGUAACCGCAAUUCUACCGUUGAACUGAGGCAUCUCUUAGCGACUCAACAGAAGGCAGCCAAUCGGUGGAAAGAAGAAACAAAGAAGCUUACUGAAAGUGCUGAAAUUAGGAUCAGUAAUCUGAAGAGUGAGCUGAGUCGACAGAAACUUCAUACCCAAGAGCUGCUUUCUCAGCUGGAAAUGGCAAAUGAAAAGGUGGCCGAGAGUGAGAAGUUAAUUCUAGAGCAUCAAGAAAAAGCCAACAGACUGCAGCGGCGCCUCAGUCAGGCAGAGCAGAGAGCUGCUUCAGCUUCACAGCAGCUCAGUGCGGUCACCGCGCAGAGAAGAAAAGCAGCCUCCAUGAUGACUCUGGACAACAUCUAAAAGCGCCCGCGGUUCCCUCCCGGAGCAGGGCGCUGCCGCGGCAGCUUCUGCGGAGAGCGGUGCCGCCGGUGUCGCUCUGCGUGGGCGCGUUCCGUCUGCUUCCGAGGAUCGUCGGGAACCAGAGCCGCGACAGCUCCCAGCGAGUGCGGGCGCCGCGGCCCUGCCCUGAGCGUCAGUGGAGAAUAAAGCCGCCGGGAAGGCCUCUUUCGCCUUCAUCACUGUGUCGAUUUUUCAGUCCCCCCUUUCCCUUGGAGGAGCAUAGUAAUUUUUAAACUAUGCUAAUCAUGAGGAAGAGAUUUUAAGAAAAUGCUAGAAUUUUAGUAUUUCAGUUUCCAAGAUUUGAGAAUUUUACACCUCCUUGUUACUCCUAACUCACUUUAAGGUUC